CAAUUCAAUUCACAAAAUAGUCUACAUCAAAAUGCAGACCGUUAAGAGCAUUCUUUUGUUGAGCUGUCUCCUGGUCUUGGGGACGAAUGUCAAGGGGUUUACUGUUGAGGAUGCACUAACUUGUGCGCAGGUAUCGGCUGAAGGGCUUUCCGAAGUCGCCAGCGUGGCUAUACCGGCACUGAAGGAAUCGGCGGCGUGUAUUAACUUUUUUCCGAAAAAGUUACGUGAUCUGGACCUUGAAUAUGCGCUUCUGCUUGGCUACCAGUUUAUUCAGAAAUUCACUGGUAGUAAAAAGUGCGUGACUGCUCUGAUCGCAAGGAUAGAGGCUGUUACAAAGCCAGCUUUAAAGAAGUUGGAGGACGCAAAAUGCUUUCCUUAUAAUAAUUAGAGAAAUUUAAUAACGUUUAAAUUUUAUACAGAAAGCAAUCCCAAAGCCUCUAA